CCAGACACAGGAGAGAGGGAGAAAAAAAAAGCGCAAUGAUCCAUCGAAACGCAGGCUUUGCCCUUUCUUAAUUACGUUGCAUCCAGAGUUUUUUGCAUCACCCCCACCCCCCUGUCUCCCUUCCUUUUUUCCCCCCUUUUCCGAGACGUUUGUGAAGUGGUAAUUAGCUCUAGGAGAAUAAAACCAGCUGAUUUGGAUUGGGCUGGUGCAUUUUGGGGCGAGAUGGCUAACAGGAUGGUUGCGCUGCUCCUUCUCGGCUCGCUGCUUCUCACCCUGCUGCAGCCUUCCCUACAGGGAGGAGUGUAUGUGCCUGCUGGAGCUGGAAUUCCAGGUGGAGGUGUGCCACCAGGUACAGGAUUUCUGCCAGGCGGAGUUGGGGUCCCAUACAAACCGGCCAAAACUGGAGCAGCAGGUGGAAUUGGGACUGGUGUAGGAGGUCUUGGCACUGGUGGGCUUGGUGUUGGUGGACUUGGUGCUGGUGGACUUGGUACAGGAGGUCUUGGCACAGGAGCUGGAGGAAAGCCGCUUAAACCAGGUUAUGGAAGCUUGGGAGCAGGUGGCCUGGGCACUGGAGGAUUCAGACCUGGAGGUGGUUAUGGUGGAUAUGGUGGUGUUUAUCCCGGAGCAGGAGUUGGAGGACUGAAGCCUGCAAAAUCAGGUACUGGAGGGACGGUAUUAGGUCCUGGAACUGGGGGCACCAUACCUGGCAGUGGGCCUGGACUCCCUGGUGGAGCCCCAGUCAUUCCUCAGAUUGGUCUCCCAGGUGUAGGUCCUGGUGGGAAAGCUGCGAAACCAGGAAAGGCACCAGUUCCAGGAGUAGGAGUGCCUGGAGCCUUUCAAGGUGGAGUUCUGCCUGGACAAGCAGGGUUUGGUGGCUUAGGUGUGCUUCCGGGUGUAGCAACUGGAGCAGGACUUAAACCAAAGUCAGGCAUCAGUGGUGGGCCAGGCCAGUUGCAACCAGGAGUUUUUCAUGGAUACCCACUCAAAUCUCCAAAAGUUCCAGGUGGCUCCCCUUAUGCUGGAGGCAAAGUUCCAUAUGGUUAUGGUGGCUUUGGGACUGGUGCAGGAUUACCUGGUGGCUACCCCACUGGCACUGGUGUGGGAAGCUUAGGUGUCUCAGCUGCACAAGCCAAAGCUGCUAAGUAUGGCGCUGGAGCUGGCUUAGGUGGGUUUGGAGGUGUUCCUGGAGCUGGCUUAGGUGGGUUUGGAGGUGUACCAGGAGCAGGGGGACUUUUCCCAAGUGUUGGAGGUGCUGGUGGUCUUUCACCAGCUCAAGCCAAAGCUGCCAAAUAUGGUGCUGGUGGAGCCGGAACUGGUCUUGGUUUAGGCGGUCUUGGGGGUGUAGGACCUGGAGGAGCUUACCCUGGAGCAGGAGGUGCAGGAGGACUCACCCCUGCUCAGGCUAAAGCAGCUAAAUAUGGUGCUGGUGCUGGAUUAGGUGGAGCCGGAACUGGUGCUGGUUUGGGUGGUCUUGGUGGUUUAGGACCUGGAGGAGCUUACCCUGGAACAGGAGUAGGUGCAGGAGGACUCACCCCUGCUCAAGCUAAAGCUGCUAAAUAUGGUGCUGGUGCUGGAUUAGGCGGAGCUGGAACUGGUGCCGGUUUAGGUGGUCUUGGUGGUUUAGGACCUGGUGGAGCUUACCCUGGAACAGGAGUAGGUACAGGAGGACUCACCCCUGCUCAGGCUAAAGCUGCUAAAUAUGGUGCUGGUGCUGGAUUAGGUGGAGCCGGAACUGGUGCUGGUUUAGGUGGUCUUGGUGGUUUAGGAACUGGAGGAGCUUACCCUGGAACAGGAGUAGGUACAGGAGGACUCACCCCUGCUCAGGCAAAAGCUGCUAAAUAUGGUGCUGGUGCUGGAUUAGGUGGAGCUGGAACUGGUGCUGGUUUAGGUGGUCUUGGUGGUUUAGGACCUGGAGGAGCUUACCCUGGAACAGGAGUAGGUACAGGAGGACUCACCCCUGCUCAGGCUAAAGCUGCUAAAUAUGGUGCUGGUGCUGGUUUAGGUGGUCUUGGUGGUUUAGGACCUGGAGGAGCUUACCCUGGAACAGGAGUAGGUACAGGAGGACUCACCCCUGCUCAGGCUAAAGCUGCUAAAUAUGGUGCUGGUGCUGGAUUAGGUGGAGCCGGAACUGGUGCUGGUUUAGGUGGUCUUGGUGGUUUAGGAACUGGAGGAGCUUACCCUGGAACAGGAGUAGGUACAGGAGGACUCACCCCUGCUCAGGCUAAAGCUGCUAAAUAUGGUGCUGGUGCUGGAUUAGGUGGAGCCGGAACUGGUGCUGGUUUAGGUGGUCUUGGUGGUUUAGGACCUGGAGGAGCUUACCCUGGAACAGGAGUAGGUACAGGAGGACUCACCCCUGCUCAGGCUAAAGCUGCUAAAUAUGGUGCUGGUGCUGGAUUAGGUGGAGCCGGAACUGGUGCUGGUUUAGGUGGUCUUGGUGGUUUAGGAACUGGAGGAGCUUACCCUGGAACAGGAGUAGGUACAGGAGGACUCACCCCUGCUCAGGCUAAAGCUGCUAAAUAUGGUGCUGGUGCUGGUUUAGGUGGUCUUGGUGGUUUAGGAACUGGAGGAGCUUACCCUGGAACAGGAGUAGGUACAGGAGGACUCACCCCUGCUCAGGCUAAAGCUGCUAAAUAUGGUGCUGGUGCUGGAUUAGGUGGAGCCGGAACUGGUGCUGGUUUAGGUGGUCUUGGUGGUUUAGGACCUGGAGGAGCUUACCCUGGAACAGGAGUAGGUACAGGAGGACUCACCCCUGCUCAGGCUAAAGCUGCUAAAUAUGGUGCAGGUGGAGUCCCAGGAGCUGGACUUUACCCUGGUGUAGGAGGUAUAGGAGGAGGUUUUUUACCAGGAACUGGAGGAGUUGGACCAGGUCUUACACCUGCCCAGGCAAAAGCAGCUAAAUAUGGUGUUAGACCUGGUACUGUAGUGGAUGGUAUUGGUGGAGUACCAGGAGGCCAAGCAGGAUACGCUGCUGCAAAAGCUGCAAAAUAUGGUGUGCCAGGUGGCGUGCCAGGUGGCGUUCCAGGUGGCGUUCCAGGUGGUGUUCCAGGAGGAUAUCCUGCUGGUGCUAAGGCAGCAAAAUAUGGUCUUGGUGCUGGUGGUUAUGGAGUUCCUAGUGGAUUGACGAUACCUGGAGGUGCUGGGACAGUGCAAGGAGUUGUUGGGGGAACAGGUGGAAUCCCUGGAACAUCUGCAGGAGCUGGAACAUAUCCUGGUGGAGUUAAGCCUCCUAAGUAUGGAGUCGGAGUAGGUACAGGACUAGGAACUGGGGGAGUACCAUUGACUGGACCUGGCACUGGACUUGGAACUGGAGGUUAUCCUAGUGGAGUUAAGCCUCCUAAAUAUGGACCAGGAGGGAUACCACUGCCUAGACCAGGGACUGGAGGACUACCAUUGCCUGAAACUGGAGGAUAUCCUAGUGGAGUCAAACCUCCAAAACCUGGUGUACCAAGCACUGGCAUUACUGGAACAGGUAUUUUGGUACCCGGAGCCACACCUGAGGUGGGUGUUUUGCCAGAUGGAACUAGACUUCUUGAUCCAGGUAGCACAGCUAAGGGCCCAACUCUGGCCCCUGGUGGAACUAUUAGUCCAGGACCGACGGCUAGUGUUGAAACUGGCAAGGCCCCUAAGCCCAGCACAGGCGACAUACCUCAAGGUGGAGUGGAGCCUGGUACUCUUGUUAAACCUCCCAAGACUGGUGGUGUAGGUCCAAUCCCAUAUGGUGGCUACGGAACCGGAGUCCUCCCAGGAGCCAAGCCAAUUACAGCACCAGGUGUGAGAUAUCCUACUGGUGUUGGCCUUGGACCAGGUGGAGCUGGUGUUAAACCAGCCAAACCAGGCUACGGUUCAUUGGGCACUGGAUAUCCACAAGGUGCCAUCGCUCCAGGACCAUAUGGAGGCUAUCCACAGGCUUAUCCAGGAGGAUAUGCGCCCGGGCUGACAGCUCAACAAGCUAAAGCCGCCAAAUAUGGAACACUUCAGGGGUUCUUGGGUGGAGGCUACAGAGGCGGAGCAGGAUGCCAAGGCAAAUACUGCGGCAAGAGAAGAAAGUAAACAUUCUCUUGAGACGUAAAAUGACCUCAAGAAACAAUGGUGCUACUGCAUGAUGUAGAAUGUACAUUUGAUAUGCGAAAACAAUCCUAUCAUGAGCAAAAAAUGUUUUGUACCUACAAGAAGUUUUUUUUUUAUUAUUAUUUUCUUUUCACACCCAAAAAGAUGCUGAGGAAAGAGGAUAAACAUAUGAACCAGCUGUUCAUAUGACACAUGUUGCUGAUUUUUGUAGAUAGAGACAUGAAAUUAAGAAACUAAUAAUCAGGUUCAUUAUUUGUUAUUGUAGACCUUGAGGCACUUAUUUCUUUUUUUUCUCAUGAUUUUGGAAGAUAAAAGCCAUGAUAUUUCCCUUGUCAUGUGUAACAGAAAUUAGUUAUAAUUUUGCAUUAGAUAUCUAAUGCACUUUAGUCAUGUUUGUUCAUGUUUAUCAGUGAUAGGUUUUUUUAUCUAAAUAAAAUGGUUUAUCAAAAACCUCUGUGGAGCCAAAAAGGUCAAACAUUCCAACAAAAUGGCAGUUGUGUUUUUUCUCCUUUUUUUUAUUCUCCUGACAUGCCUUUUUAAACUUUGUAAAACUUCUGCUGGAUAUUGGUCUCUAUUGGCUUGAGGGUUGUGAAGCUAUUUCAGUCAUGAGUCUAUUUAAUGGUCAUGAAGAAUCCUACAGAAUGUGAUUUUGGGGACAAGUACAAGUCGAAUUUCCUCUAUCCUGUUUACAGAGUCCUGAUCUAAAAACAGGUCAAAACCUUUAUGAAUUCUGGAUACAAAAACAUCAGUGUUUGUGAACCAUGGUGUAUAUGAUUGAGGCUAUAUUGUUCAUAUUUUAGCUCAGCUAUGAAACAGUUCUGCAAAAGACCUAGUGGCAUCUGAAAAGUGUUGAAAAGUGUUUUGUGGCAUCUGAUAAGAUCCAAUGAAUUGUCUUGUCCAUUUUUGUUAAUCGUGUUAUAGUAUAUACGAAGAGCUUUCUUACUACGGUUAUGUUGCUAAAAUUCAAAGAUAUGCAUUUUUAUGAAAUAACAAAAAAGCAAGUUACUAAAAAUAAAUAAUAGUGCUGAUUUUACAAUAGAGUAGUUUUGGACCUGAACUAAAAAAAAUGGAAAAAAAACAAAAAAGAAAUAUCAAUUCUAAUAUUCCUUAAACAUGCAAAAUUGGUGCUUCCAUCACUUGAUCUACAGACGUUUAACCCCUUUAUAUUCAAAGAAUUAGCUAUUAUAUAUCUUCAUGUAACUGCAGGUUAAUUUGCUUUGUUGCUGUUUUGUUUGCACCAUGUGAACUUGACCUUGACCGUAUUACCGAGUUUGUACACAUGAUAACAAAAAAUAUUGUUUUUUGUUUUGUUUUGCUUUCAGUAGCUUAUGCAUUUUAGUCACUGUGGAAAUCUGUAAUACUGUAUAAGAUUUUUUUUAAAUAUGUGAGCUGUGUGUUUGAGAGUUGGAGCGUGUGUAUCGGGGUGUGUGUGUAUGUGUGUAUGAAUUUGUGUGUUUGCGUGUCUGUCAUAAUCCCUGGUGUGUGUUGAUAUGUCUAUAUUUUGUGUAAUUGACUAAGCUUCUCUUAAUAAGCGUCACUAGCCAGUGUAUUACCCAUAUAAUAUUAAAUUAGUAGUUUAAUCAUUCCUUAAUGAUUAAAUAUUUCGCAUCAUUGGUAACAUGUACUGUUUCAAGUUCAUCCGAAAUGUGUUUUUUCCUACCUGGUGCUAUAUUUGACCUCUCUGUGGUCAUAUAUGUCUAAUGUGUCGUGGCAUUUCCAUCUAAUUUAAAUAAAAGGGUUGGGGCUAUUGCACUUUUCCCACGGCGCACAUUUGACUUGUUCCAGGAAAACUGGGCCUUUUUACUGCUUUAGUGAAAAUAAAAUAAACCGUUCUGAAACGUCUGAAAA